AUGACUUCGACAGGAUUAAUCCUCUACUGGGGACUGGGAGUCGCGGCACAUCUCGUCUACUUUCAGCGAUAUGAGUACUGGCGUCAUCUAUACACUUCCCUAACGGCCUUUGCUGCGGCCACGAUCUUGUCGCCUUUCGUCUUGGUCAAAUAUGCCGGAACUUCGCUAUGGCCUUCUGCUAUAAGGAUUCUCAUCUUUCAUGCUUCUUUUCUGCUCGGAGCAACCAGCAGCACACUCUUCUACCGCAUUUUUCUCAAUCCCCUCAACAACUUUCCUGGGCCCUACUUCGCAAGGCUGACCGACUUCUGGCUGGCUUGGUAUGUUGGAAGCGCCUUGGACCAGUAUCGUAAACUCGAUGGAUUGCACAAGCGAUAUGGCGACUUCGUGCGCGUAGGCGCUACGACUCUUUCCGUGGCCAAUCCACACGCCAUCGAUGCAAUGCUUGGAUAUGAUUCUCCUGCUCUCAAAGGAGCAUGGUACGAUAUCGAUUAUCCCAAUCCGAGCAUGCAUGGCACUCGGGAUCGCGAGGCUCACGCCAAACUGCGUCAGAAAUGGGCCCCUGCCUUCUCCGACAAGGCGCUGCGAGCCUACAAUUCCCGCAUCAAGGCGUUCACCAAGUCCUUUAUCGGCCAAAUCGCCGAGCUGGACGGCAAACCGGUGGACGUGACGAAAUCUUUUAGCGUGUACUCCUUCGCAGUCAUGGCUGGGCUCUCUUUCGGCAAAGACGAGCAGAUGCUCCAGGUCGAGAAUCUGCCCCAGUUGAUCAAGAUCAUGAGCGAUGGGAUGAAGUUGUUGGGACUCUUGCCUCCCAUGUGGUUCAUCAGGCUUUUGAAACUCAUUCCAGGGGAUCCUUCGGGUAUGAAGAAGUUCCAUGCAUUCACAGACUCCCAUUUGGAAGAUGCAGUGCGGUCCAACUUCGAUGGCGCUUCCGCAGAGCCAGGAAGCAUCAUGUCGUCGUGGCUGUACAAAAUGUAUCAGCACUUGCCAGAUCCAGCCUCGAAUGGAAACUUCCGAUCAGACAUUCGUCUGCUGAUCGUUGGAGGCAGUGAGACCGUGGCAAUCACUCUCACGUUCAUCUUUUACCUGUUGGCCAAGCAUCCGGAGCAUAUCGGGAUUCUCAGAAGCGAGCUGCGCCACAAAAUCAAGUCUGAGACGUGGAACGAUACUGAUAUCAAAAAUUGCGAGCAUCUCAAUGGGGUCAUUAAUGAGGCGCUGAGAUUACAUCCUGCUGGUCCAAGCGGUGUAUAUCGAUUGACACCGCCGAGUGGUAUGCGUGUUGGGGACCGCUACAUUCCCGGCAAUGUCACCAUUGGCAUGCCGAUCUAUGUCAUCCAUCGACAUGAGGCCGCAUAUGCGCAGCCAGACGAGUUCAUACCUGAACGUUGGUACAGUCGCCCAGAACUCAUCCGGAACCCGAAAGCUUUGGGCACAUUUUCGGGAGGUCGAUUUGGUUGUAUUGGCAAGAAUCUUGCGUACAUGGAGCUCCGACAUGUGACGGCGAGUAUUUUGUCCCAAUUCGACGUGGAAUUCGCCCCUGGUGAAGAUGGAAGCAAACUCUUGCACGAAUCUUUGGAUCACUUCACCAUGGGACUAGCGCCAUUGCAUCUGUGCUUUGUUCCAGCCAAGGAUCCUGAGCUCCCUUGA